GCCCGUAAGGCAGAGGCCUCUGCGGGCGGCGCGGUCCUCGGAGACACGCGGCUAGUUUCCGCGCUCGCCAUGGCCGAUUACCUGAUAAGCGGCGGCACGUCCUACGUGCCAGAUGACGGCCUAACUGCACAGCAGCUGUUCAACUGCGGGGACGGUCUCACCUACAAUGACUUUCUCAUUCUGCCGGGGUACAUAGACUUCACUGCAGACCAGGUGGAUCUGACUUCUGCUCUGACCAAAAAGAUCACUCUGAAGACUCCGUUGGUUUCCUCACCCAUGGACACAGUCACGGAGGCAGGGAUGGCCAUAGCGAUGGCGCUUACAGGUGGUAUCGGCUUCAUCCACCACAACUGUACACCCGAAUUCCAGGCCAAUGAAGUUCGGAAAGUGAAGAAAUACGAACAGGGGUUCAUCACAGACCCUGUGGUCCUCAGUCCCAGGGAUCGAGUGCGGGACGUAUUUGAGGCCAAAGCCCGGCAUGGCUUCUGUGGUAUUCCCAUCACUGACACCGGCCGGAUGGGGAGCCGUCUGGUGGGCAUCAUCUCCUCAAGGGACAUUGAUUUUCUCAAAGAGGAGGAACACGAUCGUUUGCUGGAAGAGAUCAUGACAAAGAGAGAAGACUUGGUGGUGGCUCCUGCAGGUGUCACACUGAAAGAAGCCAACGAAAUCCUACAGCGCAGCAAGAAGGGCAAGUUGCCCAUCGUGAACGAAGAUGGCGAGUUAGUGGCCAUCAUUGCCCGGACGGACCUGAAGAAGAACAGGGAUUACCCGCUGGCUUCUAAAGACGCCAAGAAGCAGCUGCUGUGCGGAGCAGCAAUCGGUACUCACGAGGAUGACAAGUAUCGGUUGGACUUGCUAGCCCAGGCUGGUGUAGACGUAGUGGUUCUGGACUCCUCCCAGGGAAAUUCCAUUUUCCAGAUCAACAUGAUCAAGUACAUCAAAGAGAAAUACCCCAGCCUCCAGGUCAUCGGAGGCAACGUGGUCACAGCUGCUCAGGCCAAGAACCUCAUCGACGCCGGUGUGGAUGCCUUGCGAGUGGGCAUGGGCAGCGGUUCCAUUUGCAUCACCCAGGAAGCGGCUCCCAAGAUCCCUCCAGACAUAAAGUCCCACAGCCCCAAAUGCCCGUCCACUGUCACGGGCUGCUAUAUGCUGGCCUGUGGGCGGCCCCAAGCAACAGCUGUUUACAAGGUGUCAGAAUACGCACGGCGCUUUGGUGUCCCCGUCAUUGCUGAUGGAGGGAUCCAAAACGUGGGCCACAUCGCCAAAGCCCUGGCCCUUGGGGCCUCCACAGUGAUGAUGGGCUCUCUCCUGGCCGCCACUACAGAGGCGCCUGGGGAGUACUUCUUCUCGGAUGGGAUUCGGCUAAAGAAGUACCGGGGGAUGGGCUCUCUGGAUGCCAUGGACAAGCACCUCAGCAGCCAAAACCGCUACUUCAGUGAAGCAGACAAAAUCAAAGUGGCUCAGGGAGUGUCUGGGGCUGUGCAGGACAAAGGGUCUAUCCACAAGUUCGUUCCCUAUCUGAUCGCUGGCAUCCAGCACUCCUGCCAGGACAUUGGUGCCAAGAGUUUGACGCAAGUUCGAGCCAUGAUGUAUUCUGGGGAGCUCAAGUUUGAGAAAAGAACAUCCUCAGCUCAGGUGGAAGGUGGUGUCCACGGCCUCCAUUCGUAUGAGAAGCGGCUUUUCUGAGGAGAUGCAGCACACACACGACCAUCCCCCCUCCGUUUUUCAAUAAAAGUUUUAAAAAAGA